GCAACCAGAGAAAACCCUCCCAUACCACCCUCCCAGGCAACCAGAGAAAACCCUCCCAUACCACCCCCCAGGCAACCAGAGAAAACCCUCCCAGGCAACCAGAGAAAACCCUCCCAUACCACCCUCCCAGGCAACCAGAGAAAACCCUCCCAUACCACCCUCCCAGGCAACCAGAGAAAACCCUCCCAGAACCAGAGAAACCCUCCCAUACCACCCUCCCAGGCAACCAGAGAAAACCCUCCAAUAACAACCACCCUCCCAUACCACCCUCCCAGACAACCAGAGAAAACCCUCCCAUACCACCCCCCAGGCAACCAGAGAAAACCCUCCCAUACCACCCUCCCAGACAACCCCUCCCAUACCACCCCCCAGGCAACCAGAACCAGAGAAAACCCUCCCAUACCACCCCCCCAGGCAACCAGAGAAAACCCUCCCAUACCACCCUCCCAGGCAACCAGAGAAAACCCUCCCAUACCACCCUCCCAGACAACCAGAGAAAACCCUCCCAUACCACCCUCCCAGGCAACCAGAGAAAACCCUCCCAUACCACCCUCCCAGACAACCAGAGAAAACCCUCCCAUACCACCCUCCCAGACAACCAGAGAAAACCCUCCCAUACCACCCUCCCAGGCAGGCGACCAGAGAAAACCCUCCCAUACCACCCUCCCAGGCAACCAGAGAAAACCCUCCCAUACCACCCUCCCAGGCAACCAGAGAAAACCCUCCCAUACCACCCUCCCAGGCAACCAGAGAAAACCCUCCCAUACCACCCUCCCAGGCAACCAGAGAAAACCCUCCCAUACCACCCUCCCAGAAAAAACCCUCCCAUACCACCCCCCAGGCAACCAGAGAAAAACCCUCCCAUACCACCCCCCAGACAACCAGAGAAAACCCUCCCAUACCACCCUCCCAGACAACCAGAAAAACCCUCCCAUACCACCCUCCCACCCUCCCAGAGAAAACCCUCCCAUACCCAG